ACAUAUUCUCAGCUUUUGACGCAAGAAGAAUGCCGGAAGCAUGAAUCGACUUUGCAAAAAGCACCGUAAAGGGUGUUGAAUGGGAACGGUGCCAAGGCGUCAACGCGACAAAGAUGGAGGAGUACGGGGUCGUGACACGAGUGUCGAUGCUACGACUCAACACCACUCUUGUGACUGAUCAUAUACCGACCCACUAAUGCUCUUGCAGUUCAUUGACCAGUCUUUCGAACAACGCCGUCUGUAGAUCACACACCAGGCAAGGGCAAUCGAGCACGCAACAGCCAGUCAUGGCGUUCCGCGAUGUCGAGGAAGCGCUUCCCUUGACCAGGCACGACGCCAACCAGACAGACGAGCAAGGGCAACCCAGGCCGUCAGCAUCUUCUAUAUCCACAACAUCGCUCGUUCUAGAGCAUCUCUCCGGUCAUCCGAAUUCGGUAGAGGCUAAAGAAGCCCUAUAUUCACAACCGCGAUCCGAAGAGUUCGAAUACGACGACCGGGCGGCGUGGCAGCACAAGAGUCAUGGUAUCGACUCCAAGGCCCGUCGUAUUCUAUACAUACUCGCUUCAGUGGCCGCUGUAGGCUGGCUUGCUGCCCUGGCUCUCUUCCUGUCUUCAGGCUCACACAAAUCGCUUGCAAGUCGCCCUCACAAUCCACAUGCCACCAAAACGGCAGGACACGGUCAAAAGAUUUCCCUAGAACAAGUAUUGCGGGGUGACUUCUAUCCCAAGAACCACGGCAUAUCAUGGAUCGGGGGAUCACAAGGAGAAGAUGGCAUGUUGCUGCAAUGGGGAGGAGAAGGAGGUAGGGAUUACUUGGUCGUUGAAGAAGUCAGAUACAUGCAAAGCGCAGAGGCUUCGAAGCAACAUAGCAAGACAUUGAUGAAAUCCGGCGCCAUCUACUACAAGGACGAAUUUAUCAGCCCAAGCAAUGUGUGGCCCAGUGCUGAUCACAAACACGUCCUCAUUCAAUCCCACAUUCAAAAGAACUGGAGACAUUCGAACACUGGCAGGUACUGGAUCUUCGAUGUCGAUAGCCAGUCGGCAGCGCCUUUAGAUCCUGCUGAGCCUAACAAAAGGAUUCAAUUCGCUUCGUGGUCCCCGAACAGCGAUGCUGUCGUUUUCACUAGGGACAACAACAUGUACAUUCGGAAGCUCUCGGAAAGUAAAGUGAAGUCUAUUACGACCGACGGUGGCGCACAACUCUUCUACGGUGUGCCAGACUGGGUAUACGAGGAGGAAGUUUUCUCGAGUAACAAGGCCACAUGGUGGUCCGGCGAUGGCAAAUAUCUUGCAUUCCUUCGCACUGAUGAGGCUGCUGUACCCGAAUACCCAGUUCAGUACUUCUUCUCCAGGCCUAGCGGCCAAAAGCCCAAGGCGGGAGAAGAGAAUUAUCCAGAGGUUCGCAAGAUCAAGUAUCCCAAGGCUGGUGCUCCUAUGUCUGUCGUCACUCUGCAGCUGUAUGACAUCGCCCAAGGUCAAGUCUUUACUGUUCCCAUCCAGGGAGACUUUGGAGACAAAGACCGUCUUAUUACUGAAGUCACCUGGGCUGGUCGUAGUGGUAAAGUCAUCAUCCGAGAAACCAACCGUGAAAGCGAUAUUCUGAAAGUUGUCCUGAUCGAUGCCGAGCGAAGAGAAGGCAAGACCAUUCGAGAGGUUGAUGUGAACGCCCUUGAUGGUGGCUGGUUCGAGGUCUCUCAGACAACGACCUACGUUCCGUCGGACCCUGCAAAUGGUAGGGCGCAUGAGGGAUACAUCGACACUGUCAUUCACGAUGGCUACGACCAUCUUGCUUACUUCACGCCUCUGGACAAUCCGGAACCCGUUAUGCUCACCAAGGGCAAAUGGGAAGUUGUCGAUGCACCAUCUGCGCUAGAUCUCCAGAACAACCUCGUUUACUUUGUGGCCACAAAAAAGUCGUCCAUCGAGCGUCACAUUUACAGCGUCAAGCUUGAUGCCUCGGAGCUCAACGCUGUAACAGACGAUAGUGAGAUUGGUUACUAUUCUGGCUCUUUCUCCAAAGGUGGAGGCUACUUGCUUCUCACGAACAAAGGACCUGGUAUACCAUGGCAGAAAGUCAUCAACACUCCUAGUAACGGCGACAAGCUGGAGAUGGUUAUUGAAGAGAACAAGUCUCUCAGGGAGCUCGUCACCAAAACAGAACUUCCUAUUGAGAUUUACCAAACUAUAAAUGUAGACGGCUUCGAUUUGAAUCUUGUCGAACGUCGUCCGCCUCACUUUGACGAGAAGAAGAAAUACCCGGUCUUGUUCUUCCUCUACAACGGCCCCGGCUCUCAGCAAGUCGACCGUACCUUCCAACUCAACUUCCAAUCAUAUAUCGCGUCGUCUCUCGGCUAUAUUGUGGUCACAUUGGACGGUCGUGGUACUGGUCAUCUUGGUCGCGCAACCCGCUGCAUCGUCCGCGGUAAUCUUGGUCAUUAUGAGGCCCAUGAUCAGAUAGCCGCCGCUAAGAUGUGGGCUGCGAAGAAGUAUGUCGACGCCGAACGCAUCGCAAUUUGGGGAUGGAGUUACGGUGGCUUCAUGACCCUCAAAACUCUCGAACAAGAUGCCGGCCGCACGUUCAAAUACGGCAUGGCCGUCGCUCCUGUCACAGAUUGGAGAUAUUACGACAGCAUCUACACCGAACGUUACAUGCACACACCUCAACACAAUCCAGUCGGUUACGAAAACUCGACAAUCACGAAUGUGGAUGCUCUAUCGAAGAAUGUCAGAUUUCUGGUUAUGCACGGUGUUGCUGAUGACAAUGUACAUUACCAGAACACAUUGAGUCUGCUGGACAAGUUGGAUCUGGCAAACGUGCAGAACUACGAUGUGCACUUCUUCCCAGACUCAGAUCAUAGUAUCUACUUUCACAACGCUAACAGAGUAGUAUAUGAGAAGUUGAAUAAUUGGCUCAUCAACGCCUUCAAUGGUGAGUGGUUAAGGACACCUAAUCCUACACCUCUAGCACAGAUCGAGAAGUAGAAACCACACAGUAACGCAUCUUGUCGUGCGGCACAGGCAGUGGCGUUAAUUGCUUUUUCUUUAAUCAUGAUCUACUAUACCGUCGUAGCAUAAAGUAGCUCCAAGUGGCACUAUAAUCAUAUCGCCUAAGUUCGCUCAGCGAAUAGAUAGUGUUUCUUCUACGUGACUGCGCAUUUGUGAAAUAAAGUUGGAUGUAAUAUAUGACUAUGAUCUUUUUGGCUGUCUUGAAAUCAUAAACCCCC